AUGGCUGCCAAGAAGACCGCUCCGUAUGGUACAUGGACUAGCCCAAUUACGACUGAGAUAGUAUCAGGAAGCAGUCUAUCGUUUUCUGAAGUGCAUGUCAACCCUACCAACGGAUCCAUCUAUCUCAUUGAAGGACGCCCAGCAGAAAAGGGGAGAGCAGCAAUUGUCGAGGUCAAAGAUGGAUCAAGUGUUGACCUUGUCCCCGCAGACUUCAACCUCAGAACGAAAGUACACGAGUAUGGUGGGGGUGCUGCAGCGACGAGCUCUGACGGGAGCAUCGUCUUCAAUGACUUCUAUUCCGACUCCGUUUUCCUCCUUACGCCGACUGGGGAAGUAAAGAAGAUCCUACCUGGCGCUCCAGAAAGCAAAUUGAGAUACGCCAAUUUCGAUGUCCAUCCAAACGCUCACGAAAUCAUCGCUGCAGUUCAAGAAGAACACCGCGAGAAAGAAGUUAUCAACAGUUUGGCAGUCAUCAAUUCUAAGAAUGGAAAAGCGAAAACCAUUGUCGAAGGUGCAGACUUCUAUUCUCAGCCAAAGUUUAGCCAUGACGGCAAGAAGAUCUGUUGGCUUCAAUGGAAUCAUCCCGACAUGCCAUGGACCGGAACCGAAUUGUACGUGGCUGAUUGGGAUGGAAACAAAGUCGUGAACUCUACCAAGAUUGCCGGAGAAGCCCGCAAAGAGAGUAUAUCUCAAUCAAAGUGGCAUGUUGAUGACUCGUUACUGUUCUGUAGUGACAGAACAGGUUUCUGGCAACUGUACCGAUCGGAUGGGAAGUCUCCAGACGUACAACAUCUUCCUGUAAAGGGGUUGGAGCAAGCGGAGUUAGGAGGGCGGGAUUAUAUCCUCGGCGUCUGCACUUAUAUCUCACUGAACGAAAAUCAGCUCGUUGUCUCUUAUACCAAGAAUGCUACCAGUGGCCUCACUCUUUUCGAUCUGGCGACCAAAUUAACGACCGAACUCCCUGCAGGAUUAGUCAAGAUCGAAGGAACUGCCGUGAAAAAGGUUUCCGAGAAGGAAAUUGUAGUCAUAGGUGACACUCUCGACGCACCUACUGGAUUGUACCUCAUCGAUAUCACUAAUCCCACAGCGAAGAAGCUGUUGAAAAGCUCUACGGACGCCAUCCUACCCACUUCGGUCUUCUCUCCCGCCCAAACCAUUGACUUCCCUCGAACUCACGGCAGUGACCUAGGCAGCAAGUCCCACGCUAUCUUCAUCCCACCCCGGAAUCCCGACUUUGAAGCACCGAGUGGAACCAAGCCACCUCUCAUCGUCUUCAUCCACGGGGGACCUACUUCACAUGUCUCCCCUGGACUCUCUCUUGGAGCACAAUACUACACCUCCCGGGGAUAUGCAUAUUGUUAUGUCAAUUACGCAGGCUCAACUGGAUAUGGCCGCAAGUAUCGCGAAGACUUGGAUUACAGCUGGGGUGUGAAAGAUUGUGAAGAUACUGUCUCUUGCAUUGAUUACCUCGCCGAGAAAGGGCUCAUCGACGGCUCCAAAGUCGGCAUUACCGGUGGCAGUUCCGGAGGCUACACUGUGCUCCAAGGAAUGUGUUCUUUCCCUCAAGCAUUCGCAGCAGGUAACAGUCUCUAUGGAAUCGGCAACCUGAAGAGUCUAGGUGAAGAUACCCACAAAUUCGAGUCCCACUACCUCUUCGCGCUUUUGUUCCCAGAAGAUACCCCAGAAGAAGAGAAGGAAAAGAUUUACCAUGACCGAAGCCCCUGCUACCAUGCGGACAAGAUCGAAAAGCCCUUACUACUGUUGCAGGGUGAUCUUGACAAGGUGGUACCACCGGAACAAUCUUUUGAGAUUGAGAGGAUAUUGAAGAAGAAAGGCGCGGAUGUUAAACUGGUGAUUUUCAAGGGUGAGGGACAUGGUUUUAAGAUGAAGGAACAUUUGCAGCAGGCUAUUGAGGAGGAAGAGGCAUUGUGGAAAAGGACUUUACUUUGA